AAUUUUCCAUUUUGUUCUGUGUCAUUUCAAAUUACAAAAUUACUCGUUUUCCGGCUCUUAAAUUCGUUGUCCUUCAAAAUGUCCGCUCCGGAGACCAGUUGCAGGCGGUGGAUACAAAAAAAUUUUGUUCCCGGUCCAUGCAGGAAAUGCUUUGAGUCCAGCUGCGGACCAUGCAUCGACUACAGGGUAUCAACGCCUACAGCAGCAGACGUGGCUCAACUUCCGGUGGAUGGGGUUAAAGCGGUCAUCGAACCGGACGGACCUGUGCGUCAGGAGAUCAACAUCCGGGCGGAGUGCAGCAAGGGACGUCCGCUUCUCGAAUCCGACAAGGAUAAGCUGCGAUGCUGCACCAUGUGCGUGGCCCAGGAGCAGAAUCUGCACCCCAAUCUCUGCUCGGCGCAGUGCCGGCCACUUAAAACCUAUUUGCACCUGAAUGAGUGGACCAAGCGACCCCUGCCCAAGCCCACAUACAAACAUUCCAUUGUCCUGGACAAUAACACCAUCGUAGGUCGCUGCUUUCCCAUGAAAUUCCAGCUGAGACGCAUGAAAAAGAAUUGCCUGGACUGCGGAAAUGAACUCUACUACCGGUAUCCCAUCACCAACAACAGCGACCUGCUGCUGAUCAAGAACUGCUGCGAAGUGGAGGUCUAUCCCGCCAAGAAGGUGGACAACAUGAACAACGUGCGGGUGACCAAGAUAUCGGGCGUCAAGAAGUUCGCCAACAGUGUGCUGAAGGAGCACUCCGAGUGCCGGCUGUUCACUCUGGCCAGUCAAAUGGCGAAGGAGAAGCCAUCUUUAAUGUUCACUGCUAGGGGGAGUACCAGAAAGAGCCGGAAGAGCACGAAGAGCCGGAAGAGCAGCAGAAAGAGUUCCUUGGGCGGCAAGACAAAGAAGGGUUCAAACUGAGAGCAAAAGCAACGAAGACUGACCAAGCACAUGCGAUCUGAAUAACACCGAAAUCAAUCAGCAUGAGUUUGAAUAUAGCUCGAACACUCACUCAUAAAUACAUAUUUACAGAAUGGGAAAAUUAGAAAUAAAUAAACAAGCACACAAGCUUGAGUGAAAGCUCAGCUUCAAAACA